GUCACGUCAACAGUUUUCUCGCCAUACCUACAUUUCGGAGUGGGCGCUUCGUCAUUCGACUCAGUCCUCGGCGAACGGUCGAUUAAUCGUCUAAAAAUUCCCACGUGCAUACCGAACAAUAGAACCCGAGUCGUUUUUGCACCUCUCGUGAAAAAUUAGCCGCGCUAUUAUCGACUAUCGCUCUUGACAAACAACGUAAUCGCCUUCGGCGAAUUUGAUAUCUCUAUGCAACGUUACAUGACGUACAGUUUGUAACGAUACAUAUAGAGUGUCACAAAGAAAUCUUAAACCGAACCGUUGAAAGACUUUUGGACAAAGUCUGUUAAGACGCAGAUAUUGAUCCAUGACGGAUUUCCAGUUUGAGCGAUCUCACGGAAAAUCGAACUGGGCAUAAAUCGACACGAGCGGCUCGUUCGAGUAGAAGCUCGACCUAAGUCGUUAUCUUAUCUCGACAUCGCAAAAGAAAUAAGCGGGAGGAAGAGGUGCGUAUGCCGGCGCGGCUCGUGUCCCUGAAAGUUACGCAACGCAGGCGGCAGGUACGAUGAAGUCGAAGAUGAGCGAGAGCUUGAUAGCAAGUGAAAGCAGGGCGGGAGUCAAGAAAGACGACGCCGACCAGCACAAGCAAAAACCGUUGAAAAAAGGUAAAACGUUUUGUCAGUCUUGUAAGAAGAAAUGCAGUGGAGAGGUACUGCGGGUACAGGACAAAUAUUUUCACAUAGGAUGCUUUAAGUGUGCCCAGUGCAACGCCAGUUUGGCACAGGGUGGUUUCUUCGCACGUGAGGGAUCUUACUACUGCACCAAGGAUUAUCGGGAGCGCUGGGGUACGCGAUGUGCUGGUUGCGGAGAGUACGUGGAGGGUGAUGUGGUGACAGCUGGCGAGAAGCACGCUUUUCAUCCAAAUUGUUUCCAUUGCCAAAGAUGCCGGCAACCAUUGCUGGGACAGGGAACAAAAGUGUCCCUCGUUCAAGGUCAGGCGUUAUGUCACCGAUGCGUUGGUAUCCCGGUUCGUGAAGCUUCCACGCCGCUCGGCAAUAGCGCCAGUACCAAAGGUGGCGGACACACUGACCCUGGUGCUUGCGCCGGUUGUGGAAACCAAUUGAGGGAAGGUCAGGCAUUGGUCGCGCUCGAUCGUCAAUGGCACGUCUGGUGCUUCAAGUGUCACAGCUGCGAUACCGUUCUCCACGGAGAAUACAUGGGAAAAGAUGGCGUGCCUUACUGCGAGAAGGAUUACCAGAAGCAGUUUGGAGUAAAGUGCGCCUAUUGUCAACGUUAUAUUAGCGGUAAGGUCUUGCAGGCCGGCGAUAAUCAUCAUUUCCAUCCGACCUGCGCUCGUUGUACGAAAUGUGGCGAUCCAUUUGGCGACGGGGAGGAAAUGUACCUUCAGGGUGCCGCCAUAUGGCACCCACGCUGCGGUCCAGGACCUACCGGACCUAAUGGUAUCGUGAAUGGACAUGGGGAUGCUCACACUCCGCAACAUCGAGAAUCGGAGCGAAUUUCCAGCAGUGCUUCGGAGAUGCAGUUUUCAUUGCGGUCACGCACGCCAAGUCUGAACGGAUCGUUGUGCAGCCCUUACAGCAGCCUCAGUCGCAAGUAUUAUCCCGCGCGAACUGGAAGUCCCGGCCUGAUCCUGCGAGAAUACGGACGACCGGUGGAAGAUGUAUCUAGGAUUUAUACUUACUCGUACUUGACUGAAACGCCCAGUCAAGGAUAUCUGAGACGUCCGAUUCAGCCGUACGAUAAACCUCCCACUAGCCCGCAUUUCCAUAGACCUAGCUCAUCUCGUUCGAUAAGAAGUAGCGGUGGACGCAGCAGUAGAUCAGGAAUGAGAGCUUUGGUUGACGCGUUGAGCGACACCAGACCGAAAUCGCCGGCAAGUCAAGUGGACAACGAUGAACCGAUAGAAUUAGCGCAUUAUCCAGAUGCUAUGAAACCACCCCCGGGAGCCCAACCGCCAAUCGAGAGAGAUGAUUUCCCCGCUCCGCCGUAUCCUUACACUGAUCCUGAAAGACGUAGGCGAUGGUCUGACACUUACAAGGGAGUACCUACAUCUGAUGACGAGGAUGAUGUGGAUAAUAAAACAUAUAUCAAAGAGGCGGAGCAGAAAUUAAAAAAAGAGCAAGAUGAAUUAAGCAAGAUCGACACGGGGAUAGCUAAGGUAUUCCUGCAAGAUCGUGAAAAAGAUCGAGAGAAUUUGAGACACAGAGCUGCGAAUGUUGAUCCUAGAAAUGCCUCGAGGACACCAUCUGCUGCCAGAGAACCAACGUAUCGAUUGCGCUACGAGAGUCCUGUCGGUGCAUCGCCUUCACGAAAUAUUGAUCAUGCACGACCUUGGGAGGAUGACGAUGGUUUCAGCUACAGAUCCAGCGGGCCUAGUUACAACGUUGGGAGGUCAUCGGCGCGCUCCCCGGCUCCCAGAAACUAUCCACCCCUUGGUACUCAGCGCGCCUGCACUCUUCCAAACGCCACUAGGCACUAUCAUUCGGGCGACUAUUCGUUCAGCGGGAUGGGCGACAAGACGCACAGCACUGAUUUCUCGUCUGGCAAAUCGGACAUAUCAACAGGCAGCAUCACGGAUGUGGAUCGACGGGCAUUGGUAUGUACCACAGCCCCAUACUACUCUCGGCGAAUUAGCAUGAAUGAUGGUGGGAUUCUUCCAUCGUCCACCACGUAUACGGGUGGCCUAGGUUCGGUUGUUGGGAGCCAUGGAGGUCAUCACGUAAGGAGAUCUUUGCCGGACAUGGGAGCCGCACCAACCGAACCGCCCAAGUUGUAUCCCUACCAUUUACUCGUUAUUACCAACUACAGGCUGCCAGCUGAUGUGGAUCGUUGCAAUCUCGAGCGACACCUCUCCGACGCAGAAUUCGAAGCUGUUUUACAAUGCUCUCGAGCGGAAUUCUAUAGACUGCCACAGUGGCGUCGCAAUGAAAUCAAAAGACGUGCCCGUCUCUUUUAAUUCAUGCCACACAUAUUUUGCUUACAUCGCGUCGUGUCGCGAUUGCGUUACUGCGGUACGGACCGUACAUUCCUACUUUGUGGGUAGAUGCAUCGCGGGGAAAAAAUGUGUUCGACAACUAUUGCGAUUAUCUGCCGUGUGCUCGCAAAAAUAAAAGUCCUUUAGACUAUAGGGGCGCACGCAAAGCAGACGCAUAUGCACACAAACACACAAUAUAAUGAUGCGGAAGCACUGCCAUUUGUCGUCAAUUUUUUUCUCGCAACAAUGAAUCCACAGGCAGCUUUAUCUAUGAUCCAAUCUGUUUAGCGACGUAGUCGUUUUUCGAGUUCCAAUUAUUUGGAACUUUACAAGUGACUCGAUUUCACUCAUACACGUUGACAAAUACGCAAUGACGGCUGAUAUUAACGUAUAAGGGAGAAAAUAAUCAAAUAGAAAAGAUUGCGAUUAAAACUCUUAAUACAAUUUGCUAUUGUAAAUAAGAAGUUAAUCGAGAAGUCGAAGAAGUGAAGGAGCAGUUAGGAAGUUUUAAAGUACAUAACCGCGUAUUCGCUAAAUCGCAUACAUAUUAACAUUGUGGAAGAUUAUGAUGCAAGGAAAAAACGCUAUUAUGUAGGAUUUAUCAUUAUUAAUUUUUAAACUACUAUUAAUAUUAUUAAUAUUAUUAUAUUUUACUAUGUGCAACAUGAAAAGUUAAGAGUAGGUGAGCCCAGCUUGCUGAAUGGUGCGAUUGCACUAAUUAAUCGGACGAUUUGCGUGGGAUUUAUCACUUUUUAACUUACUCUCUACGACAAGGAUUAUUUUAUAAAAUAGCUUAUGUGCAAAUACGAUGUCAUUAUGUGAAAAGAUAUCAAUUUAUCUUUAUCCUUUUGAUUAUCCUUGACGUAUUGAACUAAAGAAACGCUCUGCGGUGCGGAUUGCGAUAGACUUCUAUAAUCACUCGAGAUCGCUCUACAUUAGAGUAUAAAUAAGAAAAUCAGGACCAAAUUUAUAGCCGUGGUGGAUUUAGCAAUAAUAUAAUAUAUUUUAUCACAUUUUAACUAAUUAUUUACACAUUUAUUAUUACAUUAAAAUUAUAGAAAUUUUUGCAAUAUUUUGGAAGUGGUAUAAAACAAAUUUUGUAAAUUUUUUAAUUUAUCAAACCAUAUUCAUCUAUUUAGAAGUAACAAUUUCAGAAUUUUCUAAAGAAAGGCGCUUAAGGCUUUCGAACGGAACAUUUUUUAAAUUUAUAUUUUUUUAAGAAAAAAAUAUGUAUUUUGUACGAAGUGCAUAAAUUAUUUAUCGUGUAUCUUAUUAUAUUUGAAAAAUUGUUUUAUGCUAUUCUUAGAAUAUAAUGUGAUAAUUUCAUCAAUAAGUAUUGCUAAUUAAAAUUUUAAUUUUAUGGAUACCGCAACAUUUAUCCUCCACCCUUAAAUUAGGUCCUGCACAGAAGUAAAAAGUUUCGAAGUAAUAGUUAGCUGAUAUCGGGCGUAUAUGCGUCUGUUGAAUAGAGCCGAUUUAUGCAAAUGCGAAAAAAGUUGAAUUUUCAUAUAUAGAUGAGAAAUACACGACGUAUUAACAUUUCGACUGUUACGCCGUACGAUUAUUAUAGAUCUAGAUGAGUUUACUACAUAUUCGGAUAUGCAUGCGUGCAAUAAGAUUGACACGCUUCGUUCGAACGAAGUCGAACUGAACUACUUUAUUACCAACGCGACGUUUUAUCAAAUCAGCUACGUUUUAUUAUCCACACAUUUCGUCCUCCCCUCCUCCUUUCUUUCAGUCAUGUGCCUAACAAAUAAAUAUCGUGGGACAUUUCAUGCGAGGAAGAGAGGAAUUGUUAGUCUUAUAAAGCGUUCUACACCCUUUGAAUAAAGACCAUUCUAUAAUAGCGUAAAUGUGGUUGUAAGUAUUGUUGUAAAGUAUUGUAAAGCACAGUUGUAUGUAUAUCCAUUUCUAUUAAUGUUAAUUUUUAUUCUUAGUUUUCUUAUUCUUAAAACUAGAAAACAAAAAGAAAGGUAAACCGAGAUUAAAGCUACUUUUAUUGGUUUUCUUGUCACAAUGUGAGUAAUGUCACGAACCUUGGUUCGAAUCUAUAUCACUAUAAAACUCACGAUCUUUUACAAUAUCAUGGCAUAUACAUAUAUGGGACAAUGAGAUUCGAAAUUCGGGAACCAAUUGCACUACUCUACUGAAUUGUCAUGCGUUGUCCUCCAGGUAAUCUGUAUUGAUAGAAAUAAAUAUACAACUGCACUUUACAAUCACUCGUCACUAUUUUUAUGUUAUAAUAGAAUCUGAGGGAUCUAAGACUUACAGUUCCUAUUGAAACAACACAUCCUGGACCCUUUUGAUGCCACGAUUCUUUUAUAAUGAUCUUUCGAGCGUCUUUAAAAUCUUUGUGUUGCCUUGGAUAACAGUUUCACGGAGAAAAUUUAACAUGCUCCAUGAUCGCUAACACAAUCGAUUAUUUUGUUAUUUCGAUGUGUUAUUUGAGAUUAACGCCACUGUAACAUUUUUUUCUUUUUUUCUUACAGAUAUAUUUUACUCGCGUAAAACUCAUUUGUGUAUAAUUCCUUUUUGUUUUGUCCUUAUCAUAACUAAAUUUUACGUCGGAUUCUAUUGCUUUUGUAUACGACGCUCUUGAUCAUGGCGCAACGUUAUUGUUCCCACUGUGCAAUGCGAACCAAUGUAUGUUUCUGUUGUAUAGAGCACAUUGCUUCCGCUAGUCCCUAAAGUUAAAUAAAUGCAAAACAUACGAAAAAA